AUGUCCAUCCCCACACGCAUCUUGCGGACGCCUCUCAUCCCCGCAUCCCGAUACGUAACCCGAAGAAGCCGCUUCGUCGCCCAGACUUCACCGUUCACCUUCACAUAUCGCACAAUGGCCACCGCUGCAAAGAAGGAGUUCCUCUGCAUCCUCCCGGAUAAGCCCGACGCGCUCGCCAAGCGCUUGGAGAUUAGACCGACUCAUUUGGCUGCGGCCAAGUCUGCUGCUUCGGAAGGCAAGGUGGCUGUCGGCGGAGCCAUGUUCGAGUCUGAGCAUCCCUCAGAAGGCAAGACGCCCGCUUUCAAGGGCAGCAUGAUCAUCUACACUGUCAAGGAUGCCGAUGAGGCGUGGGAGUUGAUCAAGAACGAUGUGUACGCCAAGAACGGCGUUUGGGACCUUGAGAAGGCCCAGGUGAUCCCCUUCGCCAAGGACUCCAAUGACUAG